AUGCAAGCAUAAGCAAAUGUUUAUUAGUUUGAAGCUGAGCCACAAGUAUCUCACCCCAAAUACCGAGAUUAAGAUUUUUAUGAGGAACUCACAGACCUGCCUGAUGAUGAAUCGAAGAUAAGACCGGAUUAUUAUAUUGAUCGCCCUCCAACUCCGGAAUAUAAGCCAUUACCGAAGGGAAUAGAUGUGGAAACACAGAUUGAAUCUUAUGAGCCUGAUUUGUUUGAUUACAUUUUAGAGGUGGAGCCUGUUUUAUAAGUUUUAGUGGGCAAAUCGGUAGAAUAGGCAAGGAUGGAGUUGAUCGAAGAAUUAGAGAGACAAGAGUUGCAGAUAUAGAAAGCUGCCUUUGAAAAAAAAAGAAAUGCUGAAUUAAUGGUAACUCAGAGAAUGGAAGCAGCCUAUGUUAGAAGAAAGGAAGAAAGAGAAAGGAGAGUCUUGUAACACAAAUUAUAUCAGGAUUAGAUGAAACUGUCAUAAUAAAAAUUUAUAGCUAGAACUCUAUCCAAAAAUGUAGUGAAGGGAGUGAAUUACAGAAUUCUCAAGGAUCUUGAAAAUUUGGGAUUACUGAAAAAUGAUUAUUUAUUGGAAUUGAAGGUUCACUCAUUGCCAUGGCUGAUUCAGAGAAUAAAAUAAAAUUGUGAAAAUAAUUAAAAUUGUCUUCAAAAUAUCAAUCACCUCUUGGAUGAAGUCCAAACCCCAAUCACACAAUAACAUUCAAGUUUUUAUAAUUAAGAACAACAAAGAAGAAGAGCGAUCUUGGAUGAGAGGGAAAGAAUUAGAAUUGAGAUUGAAGAACGUAAAAAGAGAAAGGCUGAAAUCAAAAGAAGAAGAGCAUUAAAAGAAAAAAGAGAAGUCUAAAGAGGAGCAUUCUAUAAUCUCACACUCUCUAAAGCAGAGUCACUCAACUCAAUAUUUCAAGCUAAUAUCUAGGAAGGCACCUCAGAAAUCGGAUAAAAGGGAGUGGUUUUGCACUUGGAUCUAUUUCUACUAUUAGCAGAAGGAUUAGAUCUAAUAACUGGAGAUUAAUUAGAUUAAAUUGAUGAAUCAAUCGUAUAAACUAUUUGGAUGGAUAUCCUUAUGAACAAGUGCAAUACAUUCAAUAUCACAGUAAAUUCAUCCCUUUAGCAAAUAAUUUAAGAAGCAUUUGCUAAGAUGGAAGAAGAUUUAUACAUUUUCGAGAAAAAUUCAAAAUAAGCAACCAUUGAUUAACUCAAAAAUUAAUCACCAUUUUGGGCAUCUUAUGUUUCAUAAUAAUAUGCUCCUAACAUUAGAAAAACUAUAUUGAAUAAAUUGUUGGAUGGCUUCUUUGAUAUUUAUUUUAAAUCAGUAAAUUAUAAAGAGCCUAAACCAAAAGCAGAAGUUAAAUUAAAAACAGAAGAAGCAGACUAACAGCAAUAACCAUCUGACUAAGCCCCACCUUAAUAAUCAGAAGAUUAAUAAUAGUAAUAAUAAUAAUAACCAGAAUAAGUUGAAUAAUAACCAAUCGAGGAUGAAUAUCAAAAACCAGAAAUUACUUAACAUGAUUUAGAAAUGGUGGAAGCUAGAAAGAAAAUUAAUCUCAUCUUCAAAUAACCACAAAAUUAACUUGAAAAUGUCACUGCAGUAGUCAAUCUGCUUGUUCCUUGUUUUGUUGAAGAAUAACCAGAAUAAUAACAAGACCCAGUCAAUCCAGACUCACAAUAAGCUUCACAACAAUAGACUGCAGAACUGUAAUAAUAAUAAGAAUCAGCCGAACCAGUCAAACCUGUUGGAAAAUGGGACUUUGAUCCUAAGACAAUAGAUAUUUACGAUGGAGAGUAGCCAUUGAUUCAGGAAGGGGAAAGAUAAGUAGUAGACUGUUUAUUCUAAUAUGCAUUCUAAGAAUAAGUAAUAGUAAAUGAUGAAAGGGCAGUUGAAUUUUGUAGAUCCUAAAUUUAUACUUAUCUGAAAGAAAAAUUGGAAUCAUUUAUGAAUGUUCCUGAAUUUUAAAGUCUUUAAUUUAAGAAGCUAAAAUAUUCCAAUCUUAAUGUCCCAAUAUAUGAUUUCGAAUUAUGA